AUGGAUACAACUCCAGAUGGCAGCAAGCCUCAACCCUCAAUCAAUAUCAGCUCCCUCCAAGAUGGGCUCGGAGUCUUCACAUCCAGUAAUAGCAACACCGAACCGAACACUCCACGCAACGAACCUACAACACAGCCAGUGACACCAGAAACAAAACCCAUAAAAUUCAAACUAGUCACUUGGACCUCCGAGAAUGACCCGGAAAACCCUCAAAACUGGCCUCGAAGCACGAAACUCCUCCGCUCCACCGCCCCGCUCUCCAUAAUCUUCUCCAUAGCAUUUGCCUCCUCAAUCUUCGGCGCAGCAGCAAAUAAAACAGCAACAGAAUAUGGCGUCUCAACCGAAGUAAUGAGUCUAGGUGUUUCGCUCUUCAUCGCCGGUUUCGCGCUAGGACCUUUACUAUGGGCUCCACUUGCCGAAGUAAUCGGUAACGCUCCCAUUCUCACAAUAGCCCUAACAGGGUGUGCGAUAUUCCAGAUUCCACUAGCCCUAGCACAGAACGUACCUACUAUCCUUGUAUCCCGGUUUCUUGCCGGGUUAGCAGGUGCAGGAGGGUUGGCUGUUGGAUCUGGGGUAUUAGCCGAUAUAUUCGGGCCUAUUACACGAGGAAUCGCAGUGGGGACAUCAGCUAGUAUCAUGAAUCUGGGCUCAAUUCUUGGUCCGAUUGCUGGGGCUUAUUUAGUACCCAAAGAAGAGAAUGGGUGGCGUUGGACAGGAUGGUUAACACUGAUAAUGUGUAGCGGAGCGGGGCUUAUUUCGAUAUUCUUUUUACGAGAGUCUUCGCAUAAUCGGAUCUUAAUGCGCAAGGCUGCGCGAUUGAGAAAGGAGACUGGUGACCAGACUCUGCGUGCACAGGCUGAAAUGGUAUCUUUGAAUCCGCAGGUCCUGCUAAGGAAGUAUGGGAGUAAACCUGUGCGGAUGUUUGUGCGAGAACCGAUUCUGAUUGUUAUGACGGUUUAUUUGACGCUUGUAUAUGGCACGCUAUAUAUUUCGUAUCAGCUUUUCCCGCGUGCCUUUGAGCAGUGUGGGUGGAGUACACCGGUGGCUUAUUUACCAUUUGUCUCGGUGGGAUUGGGGUUGAUGAGUGCUUUGGCGCUGUUCUCUUGGUUUAGCAUGAGAUGGUAUAAGAAGCGUUGGAUUGCUGCUCAAUCGUCUCAGUCAAUGACAGGAUCUCAAGAAAAAGGGCCUUUCGCAACUGGUCAAAGCUUAGCAUCGCGAAUUGCACCAGAAUAUCGAUUGCCACCAAUGAUCCUAGGAGCAGUGCUUCUUCCACCAUCUUUGCUUUGGUUUGGCUGGUCUGGAAAUACGCAUUGGGCUUCACAGGUGAUCUCGUGUUUCUUCAUUGGGAUGUCGUUGCAGAUUAUCUUCAUUUCAGGAAUUGUAUACAUCGUGGAUGUUUACCUUUUGAACACGGUAUCGGCGAUCUCGAUUCAUGUCAUGGUGCGCAGCUUGGUCUCUGCGACAUUUCCGCUGUUCGAGGGUCCAAUGUACGACUCCUUGCAUGUCAAAUAUUCUGCGACCUUGCUAGCGGGUUUAUCCGCAUUGAUUAUGGUCUCGCCGAUCCUGCUGAUAAUCUAUGGUUCUCGCAUUCGAACAUGGAGUCGGUUUUCAAGUUGA